AAAAAAAAAUCCAAAAAAAAAUAUUUUUUUUUUAACAUAUACAUUUACAUAUAACACAUAUACAGUAACAUUUACAUAUACAUAUACAUACACACAAUACAUAUAACAAUACACACAUAUAUAUAUAGAGUAUAUAUAUAAAUAAUCCUUGUAAAUAUUUCUCAAAAAAAUAUACACAAAAAAAAAAUGUCAUAUUCACCACAAUUACGUUUAGAAGAUUAUUCUCAAUAUGCUGGAGUUGGAACCAUUUAUCAAAAUAACAAUGUAGAUUUGAUAGAAGUGGAUUCUAUUAAUAAUAGCAUUGGAAAUGGGGUUGAUAAUAAUAGUAAAUUAAGGUCUCAGAUAGAAACCCAUGAAAAGGUUCAACUUGUAUUUGAUGAAUCUGAUAGUAAUGAUUCCAAUUCAACCAAUUCAACAAAUUCAACCAAUUCAUUAUCUAUAGUAUCACAAAAUGAUGACGUUAAUGAUUAUAAAUCACGUAUAAUGACGACUACAAUAGUAACAACUACUGUAACUUCGGUUAAUUCUUCUUCUAAAAAUUCUGUAUCUUCUCAUAAAUCUGCUCCUUCUUUGAGCAAAUUUUUGUCUUUUAAUUUAAAAGGAAAAUUCAAUCGUUCUCGUAGUCCAAAACACGUUCGUAUGUUAAGUGAAUUAAAAAUUCCCGUUCCUGAAAAUAAUGAAACAAUCAUAUUCAUGUCUAAAGUAAAAAAAUUAGAUUCUCAUACUUUUAAAAAAUCUUCAAAUAAUUUUAUUAUCCUCACAAAAAAAUGGCUUUAUGGUUUUAAAAAUAUUGAAAAGGCUUCAAAAAUCUUUGUAAAUUCUCCUCCUCCUCUGGCACGUGACAACAUCGAUUAUAAUUCCAUCAUCAUAUCAACAAAAAAUUUACCAUCAGAAAAUAUUGUUCUUUCAUUAUCUACAGUUUAUUCUGUACGUGAAGUUUCUUCUCCUGAAAAACAUAUUAGAAUUGAUUAUAUAUUGGGUCCUAAAAAUCAUGAUCAUAUUACAAUUCUUUCUCCUGAUAUUGAAUUACAUCAUCAAUGGCUUAUAACUUUAAAAUCAACUAUACGUAAUGCUGAUUCUGUUGGUCCUUAUUUAACUUUAAAUCAACGUGAAUGGUUCAUGAAAAAAUUGAAAUUAUUGGAUGAUUUGGCUGAUGAUGAUGAAAAUAAUCUUGUCAGUUUUCGUGUUUUAUUAAAAUCUUCAAUUGAAAAUGACAUUAUUAAGGAUACAAAUUUUCCG